AUGGCAAACGAACAACAUGCCGAUGUGGAAUUUAGAAAACUGCAUAUCAUUCAAUACCAGUGGGCAUGGAAAGCUAAUCCGGAACUGUUGCUGGCAACUUCAGACAAUAAUGAAUGGACUUCGUAUUCUGACAUCGACAACGAAAUAAUCGAAGAAGCCUAUCACGCUAAGGAAAAAUGCGCCAUAUUAGAUGAUUGCUACAUCGAUUUUGAAAAACAAAUAGCUGUUUAUUAUAAUUCAGAAGAUUGCUCUCAGCCUGUGAGACGAACAGAACACACUGAGAAAAAUUUUACAUUUAGAGAGGAUCGAUUUAUGCCAAAUCCUACAGUACCUCACAACAGUUUCGUCGAAGUGACUGACUUUCGUGAGCCAAUUUUUCUAAAGAAUCUAGUUGAUGUAAGUAAGUUGGGUCGUGAAGAGAUUAAUCAGAAGGUGUGCGAGUUAGUAGAACCAGCGAUAGCAGGUAUUUUAAAGGAAGGUGAGCUAUCAGGUAAAACAAAACAAGCAAAAUGGAUUAGCGCACAAUUACGAAACGUUAAGGAUAAGAGCCCGAAAGAAAUCGGUGAAUGUUGCAUUAAUCUUUAUACCAGAGAAUGUUUUCUAUAUCGAGUACUAAACCAAACGAUGCGUCUUUGUGGGGAAAGAGGUCAGGAGCAUGCUUGGUUCAGUAAAGUAGAUACGUUAGGCCCAUUUGCCGCAAUUCUCUUUCAUCACAUUAUAAGUGAAGGUCGAUGUACUGAUAUCGCUUAUCGUGGAGCACUCUUGAGUGAAGCAAACAUUCAAGAGUUUAGAGAUCUUGCCUCUAAUGGAAAAUGGAAAACUCGGUCAUUCCAAUCAUUUGUAUCAUGUAGUCGAAAUCCAGCCAUAGCUAAUCUUUACGGAAAUGUUCUUUUCGAAAUACGAGUUUCUCGAACUUUUCGUACCAUGAAUAUCUCACCACUAUCUCGCUUUCCAGAUGAAGAAGAGCUCCUACUUCCAGCAGGAGUAUCCUUCGGCGUCGAGAGUGUUCAGUAUAAACCUGCGAUAGGCAAACAUGUAAUAAAACUAUGGAUACCAAUUUUCAACCCUCGCGAUGAUUGA